AAGCAACGACAUCUGGAAGGGAGGAGAACAGAGGAGAGGAGAGGUAGAAGGAAAAAAAAGAGAAAGGACGCCGACACAGGAGUAACUGCUCCAUGAACACAGUGGAAUGUAAAACCCCCGUCCGUCCUGACCAGUCAUUACAGAAAGAGGGUUCAUUUGCAUACCGCCUUCCACGCUUGCUUCUGAUUGGCCGAGUUUGCGAUGUGAAGGUGACACUUUAACAUGGACCGAGACAUGUUCGGGAGCUACCCAGAAUCCUCUGCGCUCUGAUUUUCAGCGAAAGUUAAACUCUGUCAAAGGCUCUACAUAGAGACCUACAACGGACCGAAAUUUAGAAUCUUCCCCCUAGCCAUGAUGUCAGUGUGUGUGCCCUCCCCUCAUAACUCCUCCCCCUCCGUAGACGUGGCAAAUCGCAACGGGCCGCCCAUAGCCCCGCCCACUUCCCUCAGCUUACGCACCUCCCAUAACCAGCUGCUGAGUGGCGAUGUCAUCAAGCAGGGCCAGGCCACGCCUCCCAAAUGCCGUAAAAAAUACGCGCUGACGAGCAUCCAGAGCGCUAUGGGACUUAGCGAGGGUAUGACCCCACCUCCAUCCUCAUCGUCAUCUUCAUCGUCAUCGAUAUCGUCAUCCUCAUCCAAUCCCAAACUAGCGAAAAACGGCGUCAACCAGUUACGUAAGGCCGCCGAACAGCAAGACCUCAACAAGAACACAACGAACACAGAGGACGACUGCAACACAGUCCUAGAGACUGACCUCGGUAUUGACAAUGACCAUGAGUCCAACAUUGACCAUGAACCAAGCCUUGACCAAGAGUCGAACAUUGAACAGGAUUACAGUAAUAGUUCCAACAGCGAGUUGAAUACUGGUAGCGUGGACGCCAACACAAACCAGGUUCACGACCCCAACACCAACCUGUUUGUUGACGACCACGAAGACUUGCUGAUUCUGACGGAGAAGGAAAUGUCUAUGGACCAGAACCGUUCGCCUCUGGAUAAGUCGAAGAGUUUGUUAGAGUUUCAUGACGAAGGCCUGGCCCCUGUCCAGCCCAAAACAGAGGAGGAAGAUGAGGAUGAGGAUGAUGUCACAGAACCUUUGCUGAAGAAAGGUGGAGAAAAGACCUGCCCGCCUCCUCCGUCGCCAAGGAAACAACGCAGCCCCGAGGACAUGCCCUUGCUUUCUAUUGGCUCCUCUUCCUCAUCUUCCUCUUCACCAGAGACAAAGAAGGACAGGCCUCGGACUGGUGCUAAAACAGAUCGGGCCCUCAACCGCAUCCAGAACCUGGCGCCCAGUGAUGAGGAGUCAAGCUGGACCACACUCUCACAGGACAGUGCUUCACUGGGCUCCCCCGAAGAGUCAGAUAUCUGGAGUGAGCAGUCGUUCCAGACUGAUCCAGAUCUGCCUCCAGGAUGGAAGAAGAUCACGGACAUGGCUGGUAUUUAUUACUGGCACAUCCCUACAGGAACCACGCAGUGGGAAAGACCGACACCCUCUCCCCGUCCCGCAGCUCCAACCAACAGCUCCACCACCUCCACCAUCCGCAAACACUCUGUCGGCUCCCUCUCUCCCUCGCCCACACCAGACCAGGAGUCUUGUCAGGCUGAGGUGUUUUUUGGUGCCUCUUGUCGUUCGGGAAGCACCACCUCAGACAGUUCCGUAGAACCCGCCCUUCAGCCCGCCUCUUCCUGUGCAGAACCAGCCCCCUUGCUCUCCUCACACUCCUCCUCUUCCUCAGACGCCCCCGUCCCCACCUGCGGAUUCGUCAACACCUGCUACUUUCCUCGUUCUUCAUCACUGCAGAUCAUGCCAGAGCAACACAAACACAAAGAGGCAAACCAAGAGCAAGACAAGAAAGAGCCCUGGAGUGGUUUUGCAGUGGGAAAGAUUGAUAGUGAGGUGUGGAAGGACCUGCAGGCAGCGACCGUGAACCCUGACCCCAGUCUGAAGGAGUUUGAGGGAGCUACUUUGCGCUAUGCAUCACUCAAACUCAGAAACCCAGCUCCUGUAGAGGAGGAAGAUUCUAGCAGCAUAAACAGUGACCCUGAGGCCAAGUGUUUUGCCGUGCGCUCUCUGGGGUGGGUGGAGAUGGCGGAAGAGGACCUGGCGCCCGGAAAAAGCAGCGUCGCCGUCAACAACUGCAUCCGACAGCUUUCCUACUGCAAGAAUGACAUCAGAGAUACAGUGGGGAUCUGGGGAGAGGGCAAAGACAUGUAUUUAGUGCUGGAGAAUAACAUGCUGAACCUUGUUGAUCCAAUGGAUCGCAGUGUCCUGCACUCUCAGCCAAUCGUCAGCAUCCGUGUGUGGGGUGUUGGGCGGGACAAUGGCAGAGAGAGGGAUUUUGCAUACGUAGCGCGUGAUAAGGACACUCGGAUAUUAAAAUGUCAUGUGUUCCGCUGUGACACUCCAGCCAAAGCCAUCGCCACUAGUCUGCAUGAGAUCUGCUCAAGGAUCAUGGCAGAGCGGAAGAGUGCCAAAGCAUUGGCAGGAGGAUCCCUGCAGGACAGGAUGCAGGCGGGACUAGACGUCCCUCUACAAGCAGAGUUUCCCACACCAAAGACUGAGCUGGUGCAGAAGUUCCAGGUUUUGUACUUGGGCAUGAUGCCUGUAGCCAGACCAAUAGGAAUGGACAUUCUUAAUGGAGCCAUAGAUAGCCUCAUGACCUCUACGGCCCGAGAUGACUGGACGCCAGUCAUUCUCAACGUAGCCGACGCUACUGUCACAGUCAUCAAAGACAAGGACGAAGAGGAGGUCCUCGUGGAGUGCCGAGUGCGUUUCCUGUCGUUUAUGGGCGUGGGGCGGGACGUACACACGUUCGCGUUCAUCAUGGACACUGGAAACCAGCACUUUGAGUGCCACAUCUUUUGGUGCGAACCGAACGCCGGUAGCGUGUCCGAGGCUGUGCAGGCCGCAUGUAUGUUGAGGUAUCAGAAGUGUUUGGUGGCGAGGCCUCCAUCUCAGAAAGCUUGCUCCGCAGCGCCCCCUGCAGACUCAGUAACGCGUCGAGUCUCCACCAGCGUGAAGCGUGGCGUUCUCUCCCUCAUUGACACCCUCAAACAGAAGAGACCAGUCAAUGACCUUCCCCAGUGAUGAUCCAACUCAUACACACACACACACACACACAUGCUUAGACACAUAUACGUACACACACAUAGACACACACACUAACGUACAGUCACCAGAAUGAACACAUGCAAAGGCACUAAAUGCAAGACAGAAACAUGACAGUUUGGAAUGGACUAAGAAAAAAAAAAGUGGAAAAAGGAGAAAACAGUGUUGAUGAUGUGAAGAUAUUUUUUGGCAAACCAGACACACACACAUGUACA